CGAUAGGAAGCUAGGAAUAUAGGAGCUUUUUCCUAAAAUAACGAACAGAAGUUCAAAAGUAUCACUUUUUAAAUACACAGUACGAUUUAAGGCAAACUGUAUUUAAAUAAAAUGCUUCAUAUAAUACUGUUGUAUGUCCGCGUGGAUUAUAAGAUGACUUCAAGUAGGUGACAUGCUAGCUUUGAAAGUAGUUAGCUACCAUUAGCACUAAAUAUAUAGUUUUGAAUAUCAGAACCAGAUUUCUUUAGGUUGCAGCGAUGUUAGGGUUCCUAUCAGCGAGGCAGACUGGUCUGGACGAUCCACUGCGGCUUAGACGUGCAGAAUCAACGAGAAGAGUCCUCAGUCUGAAGUUAAAUCCUGACAGAGAUGUGGACCGAAUCCACGGAAAUGGGAUUAAUGCCAUUGACAUUGAAACAAUUGAAGGGAGAUAUAUGUUGUCUGGAGGAGCAGACGGAGUCAUUGUCAUCUAUGACCUCGAGAACCACAGUGGAAAACAACAAUACACCUGCAGGCCAGUCAGGACUGUUGGAAGGUCAAGCAGACACGUCCACAGAUUCAGCGUGGAGACAGUCCAGUGGUAUCCUUAUGAUACAGGGAUGUUUGUCUCCAGUUCCUUUGAUAAGACCAUGAAAGUGUGGGACACAGAAACAUUAAAACCAGCUGAAGUGUUCGAGUUUGAGGGCAACGUCUACAGUCACCACUUAUCACCCAUUGCAAGGAAACACAGUCUCAUUGCAGUCGGCACCAAAAACCCUAAAAUCCAACUGUGUGACCUGAAAUCGGGCUCACGGAUCCACGUUCUUCAGGGUCACAGAGCAGAAGUUCUGUCCGUGCGAUGGUCGCCAAGAUACGAGUAUAUCUUAGCCACUGCCAGUGCAGACAGUAAGGUGAAGGUUUGGGACGUGCGCCGAGCUUCAGGUAGUCUUUUUACUUUGGAUCAACAUAAUGGAGAGAAGUCAAAGGCCUCCUCUGAAGCAGUAAACACAGCCCAUAACGGCAGAGUGAAUGGCCUUUGCUUUACAUCUGAUGGCCUCUACCUUUUAACCACCGGGACAGAUGACCGCAUGAGACUAUGGAAUAGUGCUACGGGGGAAAAUACGCUGGUAAAUUAUGGGAAGGUCUGCAACGAGAGUCGUAAACGGCUUCAGUUCUCCGUGUCUCACGGCUGCAGCCCAGAGUUUGUGUUUGUGCCAUGCGGCAGCUCAGUGGCCGUCUACACUCUCCACACAGGAGAGCUGAUCACUAUGCUCAGGGGUCACUACAACAACGUGGACUGCUGCGAGUUCCACCCAGACUACCAGGAGCUGUACAGUGGUGGGAAAGAUGGUAACCUGCUGGCAUGGGUUCCUGUCGUCCGUAAUCCAGAUGUGGAAGAAGACUCAAAGGAUGAGAAAAGGGGUGCUGCUGGCCUUCCUGCUGUGAACCCCGCCUUUCAAGACACCUGGAGCAGUGAUGAAGAUUAAUAUAGAAGAUCAGAAUGUGUGGACAGACUAAGCAUGGGAAACCAUCUUAUAUCUAUUAUACCUAAUUAAAGCUGAUGGCUGUAAGCAAUUAAUUUUUUGUUUUGGUUUAUUUAAGCUGCUGCUAUCAAUCUUCCACGGCAGAGAUGUAGACUUUAUACCCUUAGAAAUAUGUGAAUAACUGUAUGUUUUGUUUAAUGAAAAAUCACUUAUCAUGUUUAUAAACAUUUUUACAUGAAAUAAUGUUUUUUUUUUUUUUUUUAUUUAAGAUGAACACAUAGAAACCUUUAGUAAGUAUGGUUAUAUUCCCACAUUUCUACUUGAAUAAAUAUCUUGAGUCUUGUUUAUAUUUCUGUGUUUCAGCUUUUUGUAUUAUGUGUAAAUGUACUUACACCCCUUUAAUUCUUUCUUACUUAAAACCAUCAACUCCGAUGUAUUUACUUGAGAUUGAAUAUAAUACACCUACUUGAGAGGUGCUUAACUGGAGAGGAAGGGGAAUAAUACAUAUUUGAAAAAAAAAUCCCUAAGCACAGAUUGUAUUUUUCUUCUUUGGAAGAUAAAUUUCAGAUAUUUCAUUGGGUUUAGGUCUGAACUUUGAAUUGACCAUAUAUGAAUAUGACUUUGCUGAAGAAGAGCAUACUGACCAAAUGAUGCCGCCACUACCGUGUUUCACUGCUGCAUGUAGGUAGAUGUAGCGUGUUAAAUACUUUACACGUUUAGAAAGUUUAGUUUUACUAUCCAUUGACAGGAGCACCUCUUAUAUGUAUUUGCCAUAUCUCCUACAUGUCUUCAGCAGUAAUUUAGUUGUUGGGAUAGAUCACAGAGCUGUAUGUUCACCAAGGUGAGACUGACCAGGAAAUUUGGGCGAUUGGAAUUUCUCCAGAGUUUGAAUCAGACUUUGAUCAGUCCCUAAACAAAAACAUGAGUAAUUAUAUGAAUCUGGCUUCCAUACGUAGGUGUAGCAACCAAGGUCAACAUGCUCCAUCUUUAUCAGGAGCUAUGGCUGGGUGGGGGUUGUCAGGGCCAGGCUCAUGGUCUAAUUCUUCUACACACACAUGCACCAGAUGUGUCCCAUGGCUACAGAUACUUCCUCCUACCUAUCCCUAUUUCCAUACUGCUUCCCUACCACCUCCUGUCCCCAUUCCUUUGUGCUAUUGUUUUGAAAACUCACACUUUCCCUGCAAGGACACUGUAUAGUUUUUAUAAAUCUAAUAUGCUAAUAUUAUCUUCCUAAGGCAAAGGCCGUGGCUUUCAAUGGCUCCAGCCUCAGGAACUGUCCCCCAGUGUUUGUUGAAGUGUUUCUCUUGGAUGGGACGUUCAG